AUUCGUGCGAGUGUUUGCAGCAGAAAGGCAAAAGGUUUGGCCAUUAAGCGCUUAAAGUGUAAACUGUCAGACAUUUCGACUAAGAACUGGCAAGUUCAUGGCUUAAAUCUGCUUAAUUGGCCGAAAGCGGAGCCAAAGCCGAGGUCUUACUGCUGACUUACAGGAUUUGAACUUAAGAAUGGCGCAAACUAGAAUGUUGAGUCACUACAUGUGAAAAAACUAUUUUGAUUGUAACUAUUAGCAAGCAAUCAUUAGAACACUUACAACGUCAUAUGGAUCUUCACAGUUUAUGUAAAUCAGACAAUGAAUUAUCAGUGCCAUUAUCAGGUACUUUCCAUUCGUUAGACCGCUAGAGUUGGCUUAGUUUUUCCGUAUUUUUCCACGGACUUAUGGGGGCGCACCUCUAAAAACGGCUUUCACCGCAGCUUGACAGCUAAAAGAGCAGCAGGGGCAGGAAAAAACCGCAGGAUACACGGCGCUGACCUGCGAGAGCUACAUGGUAACUGUAUAGUUAUGGGCCCGAAUGGGGGAAUGGGAAUAGCAGUGGGUGUGGAAGUGGGAGUGGGUGUGGCGGUCCUGAACACUCCUUAAUUAAUUUCCAUGCGAAUGCGGGCGCCAUACGCUGGUCAGGCGCCGCAGGAAGUGUACUAAGCCGUGGAGCCAUGGAGCCAUGGAGCUAUGCAAAGUUAUGGCGCUGGGAGUUGGCCCACAGACGGCAACAGUGUCAGUUGCCAUUCACGCUUGGGACUAACCGGUUUGGCCGGCAGCUACGCAAAAAAGCAGAAACCAAUCCAAGCGGAUUCAAGCCAAAAACGAAACGAACCAAACUGAACUGAACCCAACUGGCUGACGAGUAACGAUGGGCAACAAAGUUGUGACAUUUACGGAACAGGAAUUGGAUGACUACCAGGGUUCACAAGCGAUUCCGUGAGCUGCGGCCGGAUCUGGUGCCUCGCCAGAUGACCGAAGGUCAGGCCUCGAGUGUGAAGGUGCCCUGCGAAUGCAUUGAGAAGAUGCCCGAGUUGCGUGAGAAUCCCUUUCGCCGGCGAAUAUGCGAGGCCUUCUCACGCGAUGGCCAGGGCAAUUUAUCCUUUGAGGACUUUCUGGACGCCCUCUCCGUUUUUAGCGAACAGGCGCCGAGGGACAUUAAAGUUUUCUACGCUUUCAAAAUUUAUGAUUUCGAUCAGGACGGCUUCAUCGGGCACGCCGACCUCAUGUCCUGCCUGACAACAAUGACCAAGAACGAGCUGAGUCCGGAGGAGCACCAGCAGAUUGCCGACAAGGUAAUCGAGGAGGCCGACGUCGAUGGCGAUGGCAAGUUAUCAAUUUUGGAGUUCGAGCACGUUAUACUCCGUGCGCCCGACUUCCUCUCCACCUUUCACAUCAGAAUAUGAAACCGUCUUUCGCCGGUGGUGCACUUAGAGAAAAUAUCUUUAGUAGGUUGCUCUAAAGUAAUAUUAUAUCGAUAGAAUUAUGUUUCCUUUUUCGAUUAGUUCUAUUGUUUCAUAACCUAUUGUAAAAAUGCAGCAUGAAGCUAACUUAUGGAAUACAAUUACACUGCUGAAAAAUAAGAAAUCUGCAGCGUGGAUUAUUAUAAUAAAAUAACCCAGCUUUUAAU